CUGCGGUUUUGGGCAGCGAUGACAGAAGUGAAGAGAGAGGUGUUGGGGCAGAUGCCCCGGGAGGAAGGAGGAGGAGUGGUGGAAAAAUUCAUCUUGAAGUCGGACAGCGUGAAAGUGGAGAUCCUGUCCUUAGGGUGCAUAAUCGCCGCUCUGGAGACAAAAGGCAGGGACGGGGAGUUUUCAGAUGUUGUCCUGGGCUUUGAUACUUUGGAAGGUUACACGAGGAAGCACCCCUUCUUCGGUGCCGUCGUGGGACGCGUUGCCAACAGGAUUGCGAAGGGGAGGUUCACCGUGGAUGGGAAGGAAUAUCAACUGUUCCUCAACAACGGGCCCAACAGCCUGCACGGAGGAGCCCGGGGAUUUGACAAGGUUCUCUGGAGCCCCCAGGUUCUCCCAAAUGGCGUCUGCUUCUUCCGGCUCAGCCCGGACGGUGAGGAAGGCUACCCUGGUGACCUGAAAGUCUGGGUGACCUACACGCUCAGUGGUGGGGAGCUGGCCAUCAACUAUCGAGCCCAGACCAGCAAGACAACACCCAUAAACUUGACAAACCAUGCGUACUUCAACCUCGCAGGGCAGGGCUCACGGGAUAUCUAUGACCAUGAGAUUUCGAUUGAAGCAGAUUCCUACCUGCCCGUGGACGACACCAAGAUCCCUACUGGGGAGGUGGCCACCGUGCAGGGCACAGGCUUUGAUUUCCGGCAGCCUGUGGAGCUGGGCAAGCACUUACAGAAGUUUCACUUGGAUGGCUUCGACCACAACUUCUGCCUGCAGCAAGCGCAGGCACGACGCCUCGCUGCCAGGGCUCACCCCCCCCCCAGCGGCAGGACCAUGGAGGUUCACACCACCCAGCCCGGCAUCCAGUUUUACACCGGGAACAACCUGGAUGGCUCCCUGAAGGGCAAAGGUGCCAUGGUGUACCCCAAGCAUUCAGCUUUCUGCCUGGAAACCCAGAACUGGCCCGACGCUGUCAACAAGCCCCACUUCCCCAGCGUCCUGCUCCGGCCGGGUGAGGAAUACAACCACACCACGUGGCUCCUGUUCAACGCCGCUUGA